AAGGUGGCUUCUGAGGCUCAGUCUUCUCAGCGACGCGGCACUGGGUUGUCCUCUGGACCUUUCCAGUUGCGUUCUGGGGGCUGGUGACUUGGCCUAGAAUGACUUCGGGCUCGGGGGAGCGCGGCACCCUGUGCACGCUGGAGUUCGCCGUGCAGAUGACCUGUCAGAGCUGCGUGGACGCGGUGCUCAAGUCCCUACAAGGGGUGACAGGUAUCCAGGAUGUAGAGGUGCAGUUGGAGAAUCAAAUGGUCUUAGUGCAGACCACUCUGCCUAGCCAGGAGGUGCAGGCACUCCUGGAAGGCACGGGGCGGCAGGCUGUACUCAAGGGCAUGGGCAGCAGCCAAUUGCAGAAUCUGGGGGCAGCAGUGGCCAUUCUGGGGGGCCUUGGCCCUGUGCAGGGGGUGGUACGUUUCCUACAGCUGAGCCCUGAGCGGUGCCUCAUCGAGGGAACCAUUGACGGCUUGCAGCCUGGCUUGCAUGGGCUCCAUGUCCAUCAAUAUGGGGACCUCACAAAGGAUUGCAGCAGCUGUGGGGACCACUUCAACCCUGAUGGAACGUCUCAUGGGGGCCCUCAGGACUCUGACCGGCACCGUGGAGACCUGGGCAAUGUCCAUGCUGAUGCUGAUGGCCAAGCCAUCUUCCGGAUAGAGGAUGAGCAGCUGAAGGUGUGGGAUGUGAUUGGCCGUAGCCUGGUUAUCGAUGAGAAAGAAGAUGACCUGGGCCGGGGAGGCCAUCCCUUAUCCAAGAUCACAGGGAACUCUGGGGAGAGAUUGGCUUGUGGCAUCAUCGCACGCUCUGCUGGCCUUUUCCAGAACCCCAAACAGAUCUGCUCCUGUGAUGGUCUCACUAUCUGGGAGGAGCGAGGCCGGCCCGUUGCUGGUGAGGGCCGGAAGAACUCGGUCCAGCCCCCUGCCCACCUCUGAGCAGAGCUUCAUCUUAGAUCUGUUCUUCCUCCCAGCUGAAUGCCUUCUUCCUCACUUGCCCAGGCCUACAACAACUAGGUGCAACAGUGGCUGUGAUGAUGCCUUGGCAAACUAAACUUUUAUUUUCAUAAAGAACUUUGUGUUGUGUUUGUGUCUCUGUGUCCCUUAAUGGGCUUGGUGAACAUAUGGGCUCUCUGUCUCUGUCCUCAUCAAGGGUAACCCCUUUGCCCUUAGGAGCAAAACAAAGUCAUAUUCAAAUCCAUACAUACCCCAGGGGACUUGCUUCCUCCUUGAUGUCAUAAUGUGGGGUCACAGCAGUGAUACUUCUGUAUAUGGCCUCCUCUUCCCCUUCACUAUGUCUGAUUGGAACCAAAUGGAUUUCAACCUGUACUGAACUCUGCUUUCCCCAAAGAAUCAGAGUGGACCCAGCUGUGGUUGGACCCAUACCAUGGGAUUAUGGGAACUUUACUUCCUCCUGUCUUAUCAUGUGAAUAUCAGGAAAAGCCAAUCUGCAAAGGAGGAGGAAUGAGGCAGAUGCCCUGAGAGAACCUAAAAGUUGCUAGAAAACCAGGCAUGGUGGAUCAUACCUGUAAUCCCAGUACUUGGAAAGCCGAGGUAAGAGAAUUACU